AUGGCUUCUAAACCAUGGACUAAACCGCCAUCAUGUCUGCUUAAAGUGAAUGUUAAUGCAGCUACGGAUCAGAUUAACAUAAAGAUUGGCCUGGGCUUUGUGCUUCGUGACUCCCUGGGUGCUUUUGUUGUAGCCAGAAUUCUCCCUGUAUUCAACCUCUACAAUCCCAAUGAAGCCGAAGCUAUUGGUGUUCGGGAAGCGCUAAAGUGGUUAAAGGCUCUCCAGUAUGAUAACAUCCAUGUGGAAAUGGAUUGCCUACAUGUUGCCAAGAACAUACAUCAUCAACACUUAAUCUCUUCCUUCGAUCUCAUACUUCAUGAUAUUAGGGAAUUAGCUAAAUCUUUUACUAAUGUUAGCUUUUUGUUUGCUAAACGGUCCUUGAAUAGGGUAGCCCACUUACUUGCUCGAGAAGCCCCUAUCCAAGAAUGGAGAGAUGUUGUUUCCACCUCUGCCAGACAGUCUUCAGGUAGUAUGGCUUCUAAACCAUGGACUAAACUGCCAUCAUGUCUGCUUAAAGUGAAUGUUGAUGCAGCUACGGAUCAGAUUAACGGAAAGAAAUGCCUGGGCUUUGUGCUUCGUGACUCCCUGGGUGCUUUUGUUGUAGCCAGAAUUCUCCCCGUAUUCAACCUCUACAAGCCCAAUGAAGCCGAAGCUAUUGGUGUCCGGGAAGCGCUAAAGUGGUUAAAGGCUCUCCAGUAUGAUAACAUCCAUGUGGAAAUUGAUUGCCUACAAGUUGCCAAGAACAUUCAUCAUCAACACUUAAUCUCUUCCUUCGAUCUCAUCCUUCAUGAUAUUAGGGAAUUAGCUAAAUCUUUUACUAAUGUUAGCUUUUUGUUUGCUAAACAGUCCUUGAAUAGGGUAGCCCAAUUACUUGCUCGGAAAGCCCCUAUCCAAGUCUGA